UGCUAACUAGCUAGUAUUUCCUGCCAGUGACUGGACACAGCUAUGGACAUCGACGCGUUGUUGCAGGCGUUUCAAGAUUUUGAGAAGAAAGGCAAGAAAGAGAUCUGUCCUGAACUAGAACAAUUUUUGUGUCAUGUUGCCAAGACAGGGCAGCCAAUGAUCUCGUGGUCACAGUUCAAAACAUACUUUGUGUUUAAGUUGGAAAAAGUCAUGGAUGAUUUCCACGCUUCAACGCCAGAACAGAGAGCACCACAUAAUCCCAAUGUAGAGUAUGUUCCCUUCGAAGAGAUGAAGACGAGGAUCUUAAAAAUAGUGGAUGGCUACAACGGAAUCCCAUUCACCAUUCAGCGUCUGUGUGAACUGCUUACAGACCCCAAGCGCAACUAUUCAGGAACAGACAAGUUUCUUAUGGGUUUAGAGAAGAAUGUGAUGGUGGUCAGUUGUAUAUACCCCACAUCAGAGAAAAAUGGGGCAUCCAGUGUAAACAGAAUGAAUGGAGUGAUGUUUCCUGGUAACUCUUCUCUAUAUUCAGACAGUCGCAACGUAAAUGGACCAGACACACCAAAACCACUCACCAGACCAAAGCUGUCAUUGUCGGCUUCACUUUCUACCAACGGGCUCCCUGACUGUACAGUCAGUAAAGAGCCAGAGCCAGCCACAGAGGAGGUGGAGGAGCACCAUACUGGUGAUUCCUCUCCAUCAGAGGAUGAAAUUACACCAAACAGCGGGAUAAAGAACAAACACCCCGAGGAGGAAGAGGAGGAGGAGGAGGGCUCUGAUGCUGAAAAGCACGAGGUCAAAAGGCUCAAGUUUGACGAGAGGGAAGAGGAUGAAACUGAGAAUGAAGAGAAGGAGUCAUCUUGUUGUAAAGGGUCAGAGAGCUCAUCAGAGACACCCGAGUCUUCAGAGGAAUCUUGUGGUCAAGAUGACAAAAGUGGAACAUCUUGUGACAAACCUGCUAUUUCAGAGGAUCACGAGCCCAGCAGCACACAGACAGAACUUUCUGAGAAGGAAGAAGAUUCGUCUGAGAAGGAGGAAGUCAAGAGUCUGGAGAAGGACGGCUCUGUGCAUCAACCUGAGCAGCCUGUGCCUUCAGAGAAGAGUGAAAACUUUGAGCAGGAAAAUGCAGAGAGCAGCAGCAGCAGCAACAGUGACGGAGAGGGCCCAGCCAGCGACAAGCAGGUGCCCUCUUCCAGUAGUUCACCUGACUUGUCAACAGAGGGCGACGCUGACAAUUCAAACAGCACUAAGACUGCAACAGAGCCAGAGGAACAUGCCUAACUGAAAGCCCAGCCUGCCAACUAACUUUUUUUUACACUGUAUGAUACCACACCAAGGGUAUAUCUGUAGCACUGUGGACCUCUCAGGACCAGGAGCGAUGUGAACCUCAAGAUUCCUCACUGAAGGAUCUUUUUGUCCUCUUCAGUUUCAAGUACUCAAGUCCACACAUCUGCUGGUCUUUAAACUGGAAGGAAAUGAUUUAAAGAUUAUAGAGACUUUGCUUUUUCACUGUUGACUAAAACGUUUUCUAAUCUUUUCUCCCUGGUUUUUAUAUCGGAGCAUUAUAAUUUAACCUUGAUAACUGAGUUAUUUAGCAAUUUCAUCAUUUUUAUGGCAUUUGGCAUGCAUUUCCAAACAGAUGAUUGACAUUUCACAGUUUGACAUUUUAUUUUUUUGGGGGGGGGGGGGUUUCCAGCCUAUAUCUCUGAUGAAUGUGUGUCUCUUGAGCUGAACGAGGACAAGUGCUAAGAAUGUGAAGCAACACUUCACAGACAUCCUCUCAUGUUUGUAAUGAAGCACAUAACAUAAAAUGUAUUUCUUAAUAACAUUAUAUUGCACUUGUUUGCAUUUACCCCUUGAACGAUGUGGAAAACGUCACAGUUUUGCUUUCUUUGAAGCCAAUAGAAACACAUAGUAUUGCUGAUAGAAACCAGUUUGAAUAUUGGUUUGAAGCCAUUUCUGCAUUGAAAUCUGUCACCAGAACACAAGGUACUUUUACAAUUUCUGUAUGUCAAACCUUUGUUGUACAAAUGUCCCUUUUGAUAGCUUGGAUUUUUACAGUACGCAUCUGUAAAUCAGUUUUUGUAGACUUGUAAUACAUGUCCACUGCCUUCGUAAAACUGAUUAUCGCUGGAAGUUGAAUGCUUGAGCUUGUAUCAUAGUAUUCAUGGAAAGCAAUAAAUGGUCAAAUUGAAAGUGAA